AUGGCGGGCAUGUUCAAGAACGUGUUCGGCUCCCAGCCCUCGAGGGCUGCCAACCCUGACGAUGACUUCGCCGACUUCGUCGAGGCUCCGAACCCAUCUCCUGUGUCGCUCGUCGCCGACUCGACUACAAUCCCAGCCUUCAGUACGGAGGGCACCGUCCCUUACACCAAAUGGUAUCGGAUCUGGGAGCGCACCUCGCCCAGCGACUUCAAGCAGGAGGCCAUGAUCAUGCCCUUCAUCCUGGUGGUCUUCCUCUUCCAUCUCUGGGGCACGCGCAAGAACCGUCGCAAGGCGCGGGACUGGGCUAAGGCUCACAUCCCCGCUCUGCAGAAGGAGUUUGCUGUCGUCGGGUUCGACGGUAUCUCCCGCUCGGGCCCCCAGGAGGUCUCCGUGGAACUGGCCAACCCAGAGCAGUCGCUGAAGGAGAAGUCGGCCCACGAGUUCGCCGCGUAUGCGACUGGCCGCCAGAACGUGGCGUUCCUGGAUAUUGCUCUCACCAUGCCCAAGCGCUACAACCCCAUCACCUACGUCGUGGAGUACCUCUUCAGCUUCUUCUUCGAGAGCUGGGAGGCGCCCGCGGAGAAGUAUGAGGCAUUGAUGUACGCGUUCGAUGGCAAGGAGAAGGAUCUGGUUCCUGUUCUCGGCAAGGAUACUUCGUCUGUGAAGGUUCCCAACUCGACCUAUGAUGGCUUCAUCUGGGCCGUUGUGCACAAGAGCCACAUGCGCAAGUUCCGUACUGACCGCUACGACGCCUCCAUCACGUUCUCCAAGGAUCACCCGAAGCUCCCGUCUUGGGUCACUGUGAUGAGCGAGAGCGCCGAGGUCACUGAUGCCCUGCUCACCCCGGAGCUCAUCCAGGCCAUUGAGCAGGCCGGCCAUGACUUUGAGUUCCUGAUCGUGACUGACCAGCCCAUUGACAAGCCCACCAAGAUCGACGAGACAGUUCCCAAGAAGCGCAUCCAGCUUUCCGUCAACCUCUCCUCCGACUACUCUUCGACCCUCCCCCUCUUCAACCAGUAUUUGCGCCUCGCCGACAAGCUCGUCUCCGUCGCCCACUGGCGCAGCGAGGUUAUGCGUAAGAUCCGUAACGUUCGCGAGGAGGAAAUCAAGAAACUGCGCCGCGUCGAGGAGGAAGAGAAGGCCGAAGAGCGCAAGCUGGCCGCUGAGAAGAUCAAGAAGGAGGAGCGUGAGCGCCUGCUCCGCGGCAUGACUGCCGAGGAGCAGCGUAAGUUCUUGGAGCGCGAGAGCCAGAAGGGCCAGCGCCGCUCGAUGAAGAAGAGCACUCGCAAGGGUUAA